AUGCCUAAGAGACUAGACACAAUCUCAUUAUGUCAGUGCAUAUCUCCCAUCGACGAUCUUGCGCCUUCAUUGAAGCCCAAUAUGGACGCAAUAAGCAAGGCCCUCUUGCACAAGUGGCUACCCAAGUACGAGCAUCCUGUUGAGGAUUGGCGUCUGUGGAAGGACGGGGUCGAGUGGAGGGGGGAACGGAGGCUCAGCUGUGGGUAUACGGGAUUCGGGACGAAUUGGAAGAGGCGGAACGGAGCCAAGUAUAUCUUCAAAGGAUGGCGGGGUCGGUCUAAGUUCGGAUAUCCAUGCUACGGCAAGAUUAGCCAUGUCACGAAAGCGAAACCAAUGAACCUGCGCUUCUCGGAUGCACUCAGCUUGACAAUGUCUGGCCACAGCUCUUGCAUCGGUUCCACGAGGCCGUACCUCUCCGCGAGCUCGCCAACUCCGUUAUGGACUGCCGACCUGCCGAACAGAUCCGGGCCAAAAGAGGCCUUCCCAAUGUCUUCCAGCAUCGAUACUUCGAAUAUGUGCUUGAGUUGAUCCUCCACGUCUGGGGAGGCUUGGGGGAAUGGUCCACAAAGACGCUCGCGUCAGCCAUG